AUAAAAGGCAGAAGAAGAUUGAUGGUGUCAACAUUUUGUCCCCAGGUUUCGAGGGACUUCGAUGUGAGAGAGAUGUUGAUUUCUGUCGUGGUGCCCCUUGCGAGCAUGGAACCUGUGUGAAUGUCCCCGGCUCCUUCACCUGUGUUUGCGCUCCAGGAUUCACAGGACCUCUCUGCAAGGAAUUCACUGACCCUUGUUGGGCAUUUCAGUGCCUUAAUGGAGGCAGCUGCCACGGAACAGAAUCCGGACCGCUUUGUACCUGUUCACCUGGAUGGACUGGCCGGACGUGCGAGGCAGAGGUGAAUGCUUGCCAUUCCAGCCCGUGCCACCAGAGGGCUACUUGCUUGAGCCGCCAGGGAUCUUUCCAGUGCCUCUGCCCCAGCGGCUACGUAGGGGCAGCGUGCGAUGCAGAUGCGGACGAAUGCUCUUCGAGCCCCUGUUUGAAUUCUGGAACUUGUCUUAACAGCCCUGGAAGUUUCCAUUGCCUCUGCCCCAGAGGUUAUUCAGGACCCAAAUGCCAGGUUACGCUGGACCUUUGCUCAGGCUACGCCUGCAAGAACGGAGGCCAAUGCAGAGUGAAAGAGUCUGCACCCCACUGCCUCUGCCCUCCAGGAUGGGGUGGCCCCCGAUGCCAACACAGGACCAAGCAGAACAGAGACAACUGCACGGAGCAGAGCGGAGAAGGUGGUUGCCAGGUAAAACAUCUUAAUCCUAAGAUCAGGUCUACAAUGGAACCGAGAGACAAGGGAAACAGACUCCCCUUUGCUGGACGUGUCCUCGGAGAAACUGACCAGGCUUCCUGUCCGCCAACACAAAAUUGUCUCAAUGGAGGAACCUGUACCAAGACGGCAGACGGUUUUCGAUGUUUGUGUCCGCCAGGAACAAAAGGACCCAAUUGUCACCUGGAUCCCUGCUCUCUAGCCAGCCCGCCCUGCUACUAUGGUGGGACCUGUGUGGCUCAGCCUGAGGGGUUUUUGUGCAUCUGCCCGCCUGGAUAUGUGGGAGAAAGGUGUCAGGGGGUGGUGGAUGCCUGCUUUUCCCAGCCUUGCCACCGGCCGGGGUCCCAGAGCUGCCAAUCUGAUGAACAUGGUUUCCAGUGUCUCUGCAACCCUGGAUAUUCAGGACUUCUGUGUGAAUCAAUGAUUGACAGUUGCCAGUCAAAUCCUUGCCUUAAUGGUGGAACCUGUAGCGUGCUGCCCAAGAACCCGCUUGAAUUCACCUGCCAUUGUCCACAGGGUUAUGAUGGAUCGACUUGUGACCUGCCCGCCCCAUCUUGUGGGUCCUCCUACUGCCACAAUGGAGGGGUCUGCAUUGCCCACCCAUCUGGACCUCGAUGUCUCUGCAUGGAAGGCUUCUCUGGGCCAGACUGCCACCAGCCUCCAUGUUCCGCAGCGUCCUGCCCUGCUGCCAAUGCCACCUCGCUCUCCAGGUGCCCGUCCUUAGCAGGAGAUGCCCACUGUGACCGGAUCUGCAGCUCUCCAGAGACCAGCUGGGAUGGGGGAGACUGUGCGCUGGGGUUGCUCGAUCCUUGGAAGAACUGCCCGAAGCGAGACCUGUGCCAGCGGGUUUUCCGAGAUGGCCACUGCCAGUCCCAGUGUGACAACGAGGAGUGCCUGUACGAUGGAUUUGACUGCGUUCCACAGAAGGAGUGCAACCCUUCCUACACGCGAUACUGUCAGGACCGCUUCUCAGACGGACACUGCGACAGAGGCUGCCACUCGGCAUCCUGUGGCUGGGAUGGUGGGGACUGCGCCUCUUCUGUUCCACCAGCAGAAUCCACGUUGGCGCUGGUGGUCCUGCUACCCCGGGAGAGCGUGCCGGAGCUCCUGCGUUCCCUGGUCAUCGCCACGCGGGCAGAGCUAAGGAUUCAACGGGAUCGUCAGCACCGCGAGCGGAUUUACCCUUACACAGGGAAGGAAGAGCUGGGGAGCCAGAGCAACUGGACAGGGAUUCGGACAAAAGAUUUGGCAGAGACCGUCGGAUAUACCGUCUUCCUGGUUGUGGAGGGGAGCUCGUGCCAAGGGCAGUGCCCCACUUCUGCCAAAUCUGCCCUGAACCUUUUGGGCUCUUUGAUGGCCAAAGAGAUUUUGUCAUCCUUGAUCCCACACCGAGUGGUAGCAGCCUGGCUUGAAGUUAUAGAAAACGAUUCCCAGCCCUCCGUCUCCCAUUUCUCUGGGCCCCUCAUUUAUUGCGUGGGUGUUGGGGCACUCGUGCUAGCUCUGGUGAUCUUUAUCGGGGUGUGGAGAAUCCGUCGACCUCAACAUCGGGAGCAUGGCUCGCUUUGGCUCCCGCCAGGAUUUGCACCCCGCCAAGGCAAGAAGCGUCGCUGUCGGAGAGAUCCUGUGGGUGAAGAUGCGAUCAGACUGAAGCCAACAAAACUCAGUACUGAGUUUGCAGAAGAUCAUGAUAUCUUCUCCAGCCCCCAUUUUGAUGGGCCUUUGAACUCCAAAGAUAUACAGGAGGAUCUCGAUUCCGUCCCUAUCUCAGAUCAAGACCGCGUGAGACCGAAGACACAGAUGUUGGGGAACGUCACAGUCCCAAGACUGGGGAAGGAUACCAGGCCAAAAGCAGCCAGAAAUCAAGAGCCAGUUUGUGGUCUGACUCCACCAAUGUCCUUGGCUUGUUCUUCCGGGUUGAAGGUGGAGAGUUCUUGGACAGACAAGCAAAUGGAGAACUUCGGAGAAACCCCUCUCCACUUAGCAGCUCGAUACUCUCGCGCAGAUGCUGCCCGCAGACUCCUGACAGCUGAAGCCGAUGUUAAUGCCCGGGACCAAUGGGGACGAACUCCCUUGCACAGUGCCAUAGCAGCUGAUGCUCUGGGGGUAUUCCAGAUCCUUCUCCGUCAGAGACAGACAGACCUGGAUGCUUUGGCAGAUGAUGGCACCACCCCUCUCAUUCUCGCCACACGGCUCGGGGUCGAAAAUAUGGUGGAAGAACUGGUGGCCAACCAUGCGGACAUCCAUGCCAUAGAUAAGAGAGGGAAGAGUGCUCUCCACUGGGCUGCAGCAGUCAACAACGUCCGGGCCUCCCUCAUUCUGCUCAGGAACGGAGCUGACAAGGACCUUUUAGACAAUCAGGCCCAGACCCCUCUGUUCCUGGCUGCCCGUGAGGGAAGCUAUCAAGUGGCCUGUCUUCUCCUACAACACGGUGCCAAGCCAAACCUACGGAACCAUUCAGGUCGCCUCCCCAAAGACGUGGCCCUGGAGCGUUUGCACCACGACAUCCUCUCUCUCCUGGAGAGAUCCUGCCUUCCUCCUGGGACUGGCCAGCUUUCCCCACACAGGCCUCGCCCACAGCCUUCCUCCAAAUUGCACAGGUGGCCAUACCCGCCCAAGCCUUCCCAGCUAGCUCCAGUUCCAGAGAACGAGGGACCUUUUAAGGAGGCUACCCCACCAGAAGAGGCCAUGGGGCAGGCAGUGGAGUGAAUCCUCACCCCCUGCGUGAGGAGCCCUGUGGGUCAGCAAUGACAGCUUUGGCCAAGGACGUAGCUUUCCCCAGCGAAAUUUGCAGGACAGUGGCUGGGAUUGGUGGAGUAUCCAAGGGCAGUGUGGAGAAAUGAAGACAUUUCAGCAAGUGACCUCAAAAGAUCUCCAGAUGUUUCUGCUGUCACAUGUGAUGCAACAUGGCUUGGAUCUUAAGGUCAUCUUUCAAAACCUGAUGCCUAUCAUCCCACCUUGUUAGAUCUUCCCCAGAACAUCUUCCAGAUGUGUUGUCCUGGCAAGUAGGAUUUCAACCCAUCUGGCAAGGAGAAUGGGAAAGACCAUCGUACAGCCAUUGACUUGAAAGGAAGUCUCUUCAAACUCAUUGAGACUUACUCGGCUGUCUUCCUACAGCUGUCUUCAGAGUUGGCCUCUCUGCAGGGAAGGAUUGAAUAACCUGGCAAUUUAGGCUGCUGAGAAUACUAUAAGCUGAAGUCCAAUAUAUAUAUAUGGAGGUCAUGAAAAGCAGGUGUGGGAUGGGAACGGAUAAUCCUAAAAUGGAAGGUUUCAUCAAACCUUCCACCGUUUUCCUGAUUUGUUAAUUCCACCGUGUAGUGUUUUGCAAUUCAGCUCACCUUCCACUGAGAACGUGUCAGGUGUACUUCUCUAAAGAAUGGAAUAUUGUUACCGAUUAUACUCAUUGUGCAAAAGCCCACAGAUAUGAAGUAAAGUUAUAACUUCCUCCAAACUGAAUUCAGUUCCUGGUGAUUUCAUUUGUAUAAAGAUUCCUUAGGUGGACACUUUCACCUUAGGUGGGAGUUUUUACCUGUUUUCAUAGUAAUAACUACACCAUCUCCCAAUUUACAAACCAGGAUGCCAACGUCAUUUUGCAAGCUAUCAAGAGAUAGCAAUUGCAUUUGAGAUGUUGUAUCUGGGAUGCAUCACUAGAGAAAGAAAAAGGCACUCCUAAUCCUGCUAUGUAGGGUUUUAGUCAGACUUCAAGCAUCCAGUUCUGGAGGCCACACUUAACAAAAGACUCUGAUAAGACUGAGUGAGUCCAGAGACAGGCAACAAAAAUGGUGGAAGGUCUGAGGGACAAAAUGGUAGAAGGUCUGAGAGAAGAAGACACGCCACAUAUCAGGAGAGCUUGGAGGAAUUGAAUAU